AUGUCGUCGGAGAUGAGGGAGGAGCGCGGGCACGACCUGCCGCAGUACGGCGUCCUGGUGUCGCUGGUGGGUGGGCUGGUGGUGGCGGGGCCGCUCUUCAUGGUGGACGGCGGCGACGCGUUCCUCAAGGCCGUGGCGGAGCUCUUCGGCCCCGUGGGGCUCCUGCUGCUCCCCGUCAGCCUCAUCCUCCUCAUCCGGGUCCUCUCCUCCGGCUACCGGCUCGUCGACAUCUUCGGGCUCGCCUUGGGCGAGUCGCUUGACGCUGCUCACCGCGCCGGCCGGGGAUCGCCGGUGGGCGCCGCGCUCGCGCUACUGCUCUUCCUGCUCAUCGUGUAUUACAGUUCGUCGUCGCUGUUUGGCGGCGGCGGCGACUAG